GGCUGCUUUUAACGGUGAGAUUACGAACGAUGCUCUAUUGCUCUUCCCCUCUUUCUUUCUUUUUUUUUUUCUUUUCCUUUUUUUCUUUUAGUCAGCUAAAUAGCGAAAUUGAGAAUCGUUAGCUGCGUGCGUCUAGGGUUUAGAUUUAUCAAGAGAAUCAUCGUCUCUUCGAAUCCACGAUUCGUAGAAUCUCUGCCUCCGUUCUCGUUCACUGAUCUGAUCUUGCAGCUAAAAUGGAGUCCGAUGAUGGAGUUGAUUUCAAGGCUUAUAGUCCGAUCGAGAGCUCUCUGUUUUCCUUUCAAUGUGUUUGGUCCACGAAGAAGAAGAGAAGUUUGAAAUUAGUCAAGUCCAAAGAGCUUAGCAGGAAAGAGGAGAGAGAGAGAGAGGGAGGCAUGAGGCCGCGUCCUGUGAUAUUCAGAGUCUAUAGUAGGAAAAGGAAUCGGCUUUCGCGUGUGGAUAAUGUCUCAGCAGCUGGAGUUGAAGUUAUUCUUAAAGAAGCACCAUCUCAUGAGAAACUGCAACACUCUGAUCAUGAUGAUCAUGAUGGUAUGUUAUUAGGUGAUUGGAUUAAACAAAAGAGGAAAGAAUCCGAGGUGACGACUGUGUCUGUAACGAAACUGGAACCUUUAGAAGAUACAAUAUUACCUAGUUGGAGUCGUAGGAAGAACAGACGCAGAGUAGGAGUUGAGGUUAAAUCUGAUAUGAAGUCAACGGCUGUUAUGAAAGUGGAACCUUGUGAAGAUCAUGGAAGAUCCACUGGUAGAAAGAGAGACAGACGCCAAGUGGAACAUGAAGAAGAUGUGGCUUGGGAAGAAGAACUUCAAAUGAUUUCUAAGAUCCAGGCAACAAAGCGAAGAAGAAGAAGAAGAGGUUCCCACAGUCCAGGUUCACGUUCACGUUCGCCAGAUUCAGAGGUGUCAGAUUCCCUUCUGAAAAAUGGGUGUUCUGAUGACCCUGAAAGCAUGAAAACUUCUUCAAAGGAAUCUAAGGAACGCAUUGCCAUUUGCCAUCAGUGUUUGAAGGGGGAAAGGAUAACACUUCUCGUUUGCAGUGAAUGUGAAGAGACAAUGUAUUGUCUUCAAUGUAUAAGGAAAUGGUAUCCACAUCUAUCUGAGGAUGAUAUCGUUGAUAAAUGUCCUUUCUGCCACAAAAAUUGUAAUUGCAACAGAUGCUUGCAUUUGAAUGGUUUAAUCGAGACAACGAAGAGGGACCUCGCGAAUUCUGAAAGACGCCAUCAUCUCCAAUACUUAAUUGCUUUGAUGCUUCCAUUUUUGAAUAUGUUAUCCCAGUCCCAGAAUCAAGAGAUUGAAACUGAGGCAAACGCUCAAGGAUUACAGCCCUUUGAAGUUGACGUAACUAGCGCAGUGAGCUACUGUGAUGAACGUGUAUACUGUGAUCAUUGUGCAACUUCAAUUGUUGACUUGCACCGGAGCUGCCCAAAGUGCUCUUUCGAGCUUUGUUUGAACUGUUGUCAAGAGAUUCGCGAAGGUUCUAUGUCCCAACGCCCUGAAACGAAGCUGCAGUAUGUUAAUAAAGGAUACAAGUACAUGCAUGGUUUAGAAAUGGAACCUAGCUCCUCUUCUGUUUCCGAGGAGGAUGAAGAAGCUAACACAUCCGCAAAGUGGAAUGCUGGUUCCGAUGGAAGCAUCCCUUGUGCACCAAAAGAGCUAGGUGGUUGUGGUGAUUGUAUGUUGGAGCUUAAGCGAAUCCUACCACAGGACCGGAUCUCAGACUUGGAACAAAAGGCAGAGGCUUUCUUGGCAUCAUACGAUAACAGCCCUCGAGUGUCGAAAUGUAAAUGUUCUGCCUUGGAGACAGAUAUGACAAGGAAAACAGCUUCUAGGAAUGGAUCAACCGACAACUACUUGUUCUGUCCACGAUCUCUUGAUGUUUUGAAGGAAGAAGGGCUUCUGCAUUUUCAAGAGCAUUGGAAAAAGGGUGAACCGGUAAUCGUUGGGAACGCUCUUGAUAACACACAUGGUUUAAGCUGGGAGCCGAUGGUUAUGUGGAGGGCGUUAUGCGAAAAUUUGGAUUCAACAGCAAGUUCUAAGAUGUCUGAAGUGAAAGCUAUUGAUUGUUUAGCUAAUUGUGAGGUGGAGAUCAAUACUCGUCAUUUCUUUGAAGGUUAUAGCAAAGGAAGAACGUACGGAAACUUCUGGCCUGAGAUGUUAAAGCUAAAGGACUGGCCUCCUUCUGAUAAGUUCGAAGAUCUUUUACCUCGUCACUGUGACGAGUUCAUAUCCGCAUUGCCUUUUCAAGAAUAUAGCGAUCCUAGAACCGGUAUUCUGAACAUUGCAGCAAAGCUUCCUGAAGGUCUUAUCAAACCAGAUUUGGGUCCGAAAACGUACAUUGCCUACGGGAUUCCAGAUGAGCUUGGUAGAGGUGACUCCGUGACUAAGCUUCACUGCGAUAUGUCAGACGCGGUUAAUAUUCUGACGCAUACAACUGAAGUAACAUUAAGUCAAGAACAGAUAUCUGCAGUCAAAGACCUGAAGCAGAAACACAAGGAACAGAACAAGCUAGAGGAACAGGGCAGUGGAGACAAAGACAUUGCCUGCGGCCGUGAGGAAGAAGGAAUGGACAUGCCAGAGAUUAUGAGCUAUGAAAAACAGCAGAAUCAUGACGAAACAGGAAGUGCUCUUUGGGACAUUUUUAGGAGAGAAGAUGUUCCAAAGUUAGAAGAGUAUCUAAGAAAGCAUUGCAAAGAAUUUAGACACACUUUUUGUUGUCCGGUUACAAAGGUUUAUCACCCGAUACACGACCAAUCAUGCUAUUUAACCGUAGAGCAUAAAAGAAAACUCAAGGCGGAGUUUGGGAUCGAACCAUGGACAUUUGUGCAAAAGCUAGGAGAAGCUGUGUUUAUUCCUGCGGGUUGCCCUCAUCAAGUCCGGAAUCUAAAGUCGUGCACCAAAGUUGCAGUUGACUUUGUGUCACCAGAGAACAUCCAUGAGUGUCUACGUCUCACCGAAGAGUUUCGUCAACUUCCCAAGAACCACAAGGCCAGAGAGGACAAACUUGAGUCUGAUAUCUGGAUCAAGUUAGGAGGGAUGGGCAUUUGAACCAAACCAAUUUACUUGAAACACAAAAUUAUUUUAGAAUGGACCCCAAAUCAAUUUGAACCGUAAUCUAACAAAAAUGACCAAAUUUUUGUUUUCAAAAUUAAUUAAUUAAUUUGUAUUUGAAAUAUACUUGAAUGAAUUUUUUGGAACACCAAUUACUUGUAUCAAUUUUAAACGUCCAAUGGACAUAGACGGAGAGAACCUCGGCAAAGUGAUAAACGAAGACAACUAAAUCGGUUAGUUCCGUCGGCUUUGGAGAAGCGAUGAGGCCUUGGGAAGGCGGUGAAGGAGGAAGUCGGCUCUUAGGGUUUUAGAGGAGCCAGAUCUAGUUUUUCCCUUUUUAGAUCUUCUGCGACUCUGGCUUCGGCGACGAUGUACUGAGACGUCUUCUCAAGCUUGGAUCUUCGUCCCCCGGGGUGGUGAGACAACCAGAGAAGAUUUGGUCGGACUGUGAACAGAAGCUAUGUCUCCCGGUUCUCGCGGAUAUCAUGUAUUGAGGUAAGCACCGAGGGAGUUGUCAACCGUAGGUGCUCGCCUCUCGAUGGUACAUGGCGGAGCUGCUACAUCCCAGCGUCAGAGGAGGUCGGUUGUGGUCUCUGGCGGUAUUAGCUCUGCACUUCUGGAGAUGAACUGUUGAACCGUCACAGUGUUUGUCGCUGAGUCCCGCUUUUCAGUCCGGAUCUCUGUGUCCGAUUUAUGGCUGAGGACUGAACAUUGACCAACCGAGGUAUGUGGCUAUAUUGAGAACGCGCCUUUUGGUGAAGAUGCAUUUGGGUCACAAUCAUCACGCCUAUCUUUUGGUACCACUUGCUAGAUUAAGAAUUGGAUUCUCGUAUUCAGUCAUGUAUCUCGGCUGUUAGUAGAUGUUGCCAUGUCUCGAAGUCGAAUUUAGGAGGUUGAAGAGAUGAAUCACUUCCGGUUUUGGGGUGAUUUCAUUCUCACAGUGGUCCAAUAUACAAUGGGGGUUUCAAUUAGGUAGGAUUGAGUCCAACUUAGUGACUAAAUUCGGUACUAGAUUGCCUCAUUGUAUCAAUGGUAUAAACACUUGUGGUCAAGUACUUGUAUCUAGAUUAUUGGUGAAAUGAAUGUUGUUGAUGAGUCGAAAAAAAAGACAACUAAAUCAUAAAAAAAGAUAGAUGCGAUAAAUGAAGAAGAGACCCGUAGAGAAACUUCACUUUGUAUCAUAAAGCCGUCGACGUUCGAAUUAGCAGAAUAGAGUAAGAAAACAAAACUGACGUUGAAGUAUCCAACUAAUGGGGUUUGAGAUCGGUGGUAGACCGUCUCAAAUAUGGUGCUAGGAUCUCUGAAGAGAGAGAGAGAGAGAGAGAGAGGUGGUGGAUGAUUCUCCAUAAAUUUUCCUUGGUAAAAAAGAUGGAGCACGAAACUCCGUUUCUAAAGAACUCAGCAGGGGAGUAGCAAAUGUAGCGCGACAAAGGAGAUGAUGGACGUAAAUCGUAGCAGCUAAAAGUAGAAUCAUGAACUUUGGCUCUAAAGAGCUCGUCGGGAAAGACAUUGAACUUGACAAGGAGCCUCAUCGUAACAGUUCUAGACUUGAUAUUGAUGUGUGGCUGCAAAGAAGCCGGUUAAGCUGCAAGGUUUGGGGGUUGAUAGUGCAAGGAGAGGGUCGGAAUAGUUUGUGCACAGAUAUAGCUCUUUCAAUACAAGUAUUCUUAAUGGGCCUUGUUGUGUAAGUAGGCUUUGAAGAUGGGCUGUGAUAGACCCAACCAUGAGCCAAGCCCACACACGUAUGAAAGAGAGUGAAUCUCGAGAAGGAGUCAGGCUGAAGCACAGUGGAUGUGAGAAGGUAGGAGAAGAGCAGAGCAAAUCCAAACCGUGAUGAAAGCAUAGCGCCAAGGACUGUCGCAGUCUGAGACAAUGUGAAUGGUGGAGGCGCAGCAGAAUAUAGAAAACAAGAUCUGGUGAGUGAGACCAUGAGCUAAGUAGAUCCAGCGUUUCCACUUGAACUGAGAGGAGCGGUGAUGAGGAGUGAAGUAGGAGUAGCGGCAAUGACAAGAUGAGCCGGAGAGACAGUAAUGACGAGGGAAGCAAGAAAUGUGGCGAUGAAGUGAGAAACGUGAAGCAAUGAGAGGAACAGUUGUGGCAGCGGUGACUACGAGAUGGACAAGGGAGUCAGUUACAAUGAGGGGAGCGAGUUGGAGCGACAGAGAGAAAUGACAACAUGAAGUAAAGCUGGUGGUGGUGGUGGUGGAGGACUGGCUGGAGAAUAGAAGAGAGAACAUAGUAGAGCUCGAUGCCAUCGAGCUAAAUCAAUGUCGAGUAAAAGCAGUUGAUGGCGCCUCGGAGAACAUUCCCGAGAGAGAAGUUCUAGCUAGAUACAUGACACUAGACCUUGAUUUAUUAAUUCAAAAGUUGAAUAUAUUGCAACAAGGGUGUUGAAUUUUUGAAAGAAAUACAUGAUUAGACAAGUUGAAACUUUUUGGGGCCCUUUUGCCAUAUGUCAGCUUUUCAUUGGUUGUCCAAAUUCAUUUUUUCUUAUAAUCUAUAAAUAGAAACUAAUCUCGUUAUAUUUGGAUACUGAAAACACCAUUUUCAGAUUUUUGUAAUUUUAUUUGUUUUAAUAAUGAUUUUUUUUAUUUCUCGCCUUUAAUACUUGUUUUUAU